AUGGCCUCUGAUCUCCUAGUAAUAAUCAUAUUGCUUUCAUGUUUUCUAGCACACUUGGCUUCAACUUCUGAAGUGGCCGAUUACACCCCACAACCCUUGAGCUCAAUCUCCAACAGUCCUAAGCUGACUACAAACAUUUUGAACGUAAUAGACGCAUGCUGGCGCACCAAAUCGAAUUGGGCGGCCAACCGGCGUUCUCUGGCUGAUUGCGUGGUAGGUUUCGGCAAAGAUGCAAUAGGAGGAAAGUUUGGGGCAAUAUACGUGGUCACCACCUCUGAUGAUGACCCCGUGAACCCUAAACCAGGCACACUUCGAUAUGGUGUCAUCCAAGAAAAGCCACUUUGGAUCAUUUUUGCCAAGGACAUGGUGAUUAAGCUCAAGAACGAGCUUAUUAUGAAUAGUUUCAAGACCAUCGACGGCAGAGGUGCUAAAGUGGAGAUUGCAUACGGCCCAUGCAUCACAGUGCAAGGUGUUAGCCACGUCAUUAUACAUGGGAUUAGUAUUCAUGACUGUAAACCCGGGAAAGAUGGCCUUGUUAGGGACAGUCCGACACAUGUUGGACGUCGUCGAGGCUCCGACGGAGAUGCCAUUGCCAUCUUUGCGUCUUCGAAUGUUUGGAUCGAUCAUUGCUUUCUCGCACGUUGCACCGACGGCCUCAUUGAUGUAGUCCAUGCAUCGACUGCAAUCACCAUCUCUAACAACUACUUCUCCCAGCAUGAUAAAGUGAUGCUGCUGGGACACAAUGAUAAAUUUACUGCAGAUAAAGUCAUGAAAGUCACAAUAGUUUUCAACCGUUUUGGUGCCGGGUGUGUUGAAAGGAUGCCCAGGGUCAGGUUUGGAUAUGCCCAUGUCGCCAAUAAUAAAUAUGAAGAAUGGCUUAUGUAUGCUGUUGGCGGCAGUGCUAAUCCAACCAUCUUCAGCGAAGGAAACUACUUCAAAGCUUCCAAUAUUCCCUUUGCCAAACAGGUCACCAAAAGAGAGGCAAGAGGUGCCUGGAAGGAUUGGAAAUGGAGGUCUUCUAAGGAUGUAUUUGUCAAUGGUGCUUAUUUUGUUCAAUCCGGGUGGGGAAGUUGCUCUCCAUAUUACUCUCGAACUCAAUCGUUUUCAGUUGCUCAUGGAUUGAUGGUCCCUGCUCUGACUUCCAGUGCUGGUCCUCUGCAAUGUGUUGCUGCUAAAGCUUGCAAAUUUUAG